CUGGAGAAACUCUUCCCCGCCAUAGAAGACGGAGAUCACUGGAGUCACCUCAACCAAAUACAGUCCAGCACCACUCUAUGGGUGCAAGAAACCAUUCCGGUUGCUGCCAAACAUGCUGCAGCUGUUCCAGUUGCGAUGAUCGCUCCGAGACGUCGACAAACUCACCGUCUAAGAGAGUUCGCUUCAAGCAACCCAAGGGUAUUUUAAAGCAUACCAGGAAGGUGGAUGGGGAGGAUCAUAUAUGCUGUUCUGCGUGCAAGCCAUCUGCUCACUGCAAUGAGAGACAUACGGUUGGGAAGAAUGGAAAAGUUUAUGGGACUAGCAAGAAAUGCGGGCCUAAAGGUGAGAAGAAGGAAGUAGACAAUUGGGGCGAAUCCAAAAGCACAUCAAAUUCACCCAGAGGGAUGAAGGACGUCUCAAACAACAAUUACUCAGUCUAUCAUGCCCAAAUCCCACCCUCACCUCCUCAAACUCCUGAACAACGACGCACUUUACAAAACUUAAGUUCUUUCAUCACCAAAAAUAUGUCGCGUCUCAUCUUACCCUCAAGAGCAGAGGUCAUCAUACGUGAGGACGUCCUCGAAAACGCGUCCGAUCCUCGACCAAAUGCUUUCUUUGACGCCAGAACUGGGAUGCUCCGGAUUUACCAUGGACCAAUGUAUGGAAACCCUGGUGGCUCGUUAGUUCCAUUACAGGCACAGCAUGUUCCUAUCGGAACACCCGCACCACCGCCAAGUGCUUGGGCAAACCCUUGGGCUGGUAUGAUAGGAGGGAUGAGUGGUAGAUGGCCGUUCAAUGUGAACCAGCGAGGAGGCGGGGGCGAUCAGGGGAUGCAAAACAGCGGCAAUUCAGAAAAUAAUCACUAUUCAAGUGGCAACAGGUCUAAUGGUCAGAGAAACAAUUCUCGAGGUGGUUCCAAACCCAUGCCAGGUUCAUUCAGCAACGACAAUGAUCAGAAUGGUAAUUCUGGGUGGAAUACCGCCGACAACAAUGCCAAUAACAACGCGAAUAACAACUCGAACGACGAUGGCUGGGGGACCGGAAACAACGAUGCGGAUAACAAUUCUCCUGACAACGGUGGCCAAGGUGACACCUGGGGCACAGAUAACAAUAAUUCGUCAGGAAAUGAUAACUGGGGCUCAAAUCAGAACAACAACAAUACAUCAUCGGGAGAUGAUAACUGGGGCACGAGCAACAACAACAAUACAUCAUCGGGGGAUAAUAACUGGGGCACGAAUAAGAACAAUGCAUCUUCAGGUGACGACAACUGGGGCAGUGGCCCAGAUAACUCCAAUCACAACAGUAACGGGUCUUCGAGCAACUCCAAGUGGCCAGGGUACAAGGAUCGUCCAAAUCAAAACGGGACAUCGCAACGCAUUUUCCCGGAUGCGACUGGCACUGAGUUUUCGGCAGGUUCGUGGGGUGAGCCUGCCAAACAAGAGUCGUGGGGAGACAAAACCGCUGCGCAGAGUACGAAGAACAAUUCAAAUGAUACUUCGGGUUGGUGAUGGAAGGUCGAAUUCGGACCGAGGGUCGUGAAGGAUAUUUUGGAGAGGGUUGGUUGGCAGAGGCCUUCCUGGUCAUUGGGUUUGCAUUGAUGGGGUGACACGAAGAAUUGGGGCUAUUGGCACCGGGCUCAUUGUUGCUUAUCUUUAUUGCUCGGCUGCAUGGGAUCGAGACUUGGGAACCUGAUCUGAGGUGAGGGUAUCGUGUAGUUUUAUAUCCAG